ACUUUAAAGAUGGCUGCCUCAUUUCAUUGAAACACUUUGUGUGUUUAUAUUCGUAAAUUGCGUUCUAACGUCUUACUGGAAGUGAAAUCGUAGUCUGAUUUGAUAUAGUGGAAUAAAGGAGACAGUGACUAGAGUGACACAUCUGCGAUGUCUGUGGACAUGAAUACGGAUGGCUCCGACAUGGAGGAUUACGGCAGUGAUGAAGACAAUUAUGAUAAUUACUAUGAUGACAAUGCUGAUGAUGUGGAAUUUAUAGACAAGUCACAUUUAAAGGAGGAUCCGGAAUACUUUGAGUUUGAACUUCUCAAAAUUGAGGAUGUGGAGCGACUUCUGAAUGAGAAUGUGGAAGCUGUAUGCAAUGAACUCAAUGUUACUCCCUCCCGUGCCAAAGUCCUGUUACAUGCUCACCGAUGGGCUAAAGAUGAGAUUAUACAAAGGCACAAAAGAAACCCCGAGAAGCUAUUGGUAGAUUCACGAAUAUUGCCAAAAGUAAAACAGAAGCCCACUACCAAUGGUAGUAAAUCUACGAUGUGCCCUGUCUGUCUUAGCAAGUGUCCCUCAGACUCCACGUGUGCCGUGGCGUGUGGUCACUUGUUCUGUAAAGACUGCUGGGAGAUGCAUUUUAUGACACAAAUUAAUCAGGGAAUAUCUACAGGUAUAGAAUGUAUGGGUAAAGACUGUAAUGUCCUCGUCCCAGAGGACUUUGUGAUGCAAUUAGUGAACAAACCUGAAUGCAGGGAUAGAUAUCAGCAGUUAGGCUUCAGAGAUCACAUCCUGAGUAAUCCCGAGCUGCGGUUCUGCCCUGGUCCAAAUUGUGCCAUAGUCGUGAGAGCUGUAGAAAUCAAACAAAAGAGAGUAAUAUGCAGCUAUUGUAAAACAACAUUCUGUUUUCGGUGUGGCAUCGACUACCACUCCCCGACCGACUGUGAUGUGAUCAAGAAGUGGCUCACCAAGUGUGCAGAUGAUUCAGAAACUGCCAAUUAUAUAAGUGCUCAUACAAAAGAUUGUCCCAAAUGCCAUGUGUGUAUAGAGAAGAAUGGUGGCUGUAAUCAUAUGCAAUGUUCCAAGUGUAAACAUGACUUCUGUUGGAUGUGCCUUGGCGACUGGAAGGCCCAUGGUAGCGAAUACUACGAAUGUAGUCGUUACAAAGAGAACCCCAACAUUGCCAAUGAAUCGGUCCAUGCCAAAGCCAGGGAGGCACUCAAGAAGUAUCUCUUCUACUUUGAAAGGUGGGAGAAUCAUGCCAAAAGUCUGAAACUCGAGGAGCAGACGCUGAAGAAGAUCAAGGACAGGAUCCACGACAAAGUGAUGAAUAAUGCUGGCACUUGGAUCGACUGGCAGUACCUGCUGGAUGCUGCCAGCUUACUCAAGAAGUGUCGUUACACUCUGCAAUAUACAUAUCCAUAUGCAUACUACCUGGAGAAAGGGCCCAGAAAACAACUGUUUGAAUACCAACAAGCACAACUGGAGGCUGAGGUUGAAAACCUGUCAUGGAAAGUUGAAAGAGCAGAAAUCACUGAUAGAGGGGACUUAGAAAAUCAAAUGGAUAUUGCAGAGAAGCGACGACUGACAUUACUGAAGGACUUCAUCGAAUAGGUCAAGGGUCAAGGACAAGCUGCAGGAUGUCACUGCUAGGUGACAUGAUGUUGCCACCUGCUUACUAGGUGACCGGGUGGAUGAGUGGCUUGGUGCCUAACAUCAUGAAGGAGACAAAAUGAAACUGUUCCUCCAUUUCCUUGGCUGAUGCACAUUGUGGUGUAUUUGUUUGGUGCAAUUUUGAGAUAUACUAUGGUUUGAUUCUAAACUGGUAAUCGCUUGUUAGAAGUUCUGAUGAUAGGUUGAGUUUGAGUGUGAUAUUGUGACCUUCAAGUAUAGAGUGAUUGGUCUUUGGGGUGUACUUGUUAGAUCUGCCCUAAAACUAGGGAUUGGUGACUCUCCAGAUCAGUGUGUAACUUUGAUAUUUCAUUUCAAGGAUGUUCCUCUGGUCUCCAUUAGGGAAUUUAUUUUCGAGUUUGGUCUCAAUGACUUUGAAAUCUUGAACGAUUUCCACAAGUGUUGUAUUUUGAGUAAGCAUUUUAAAGAGACUUCUAGAAAUGCCAUUGGUCACUUAUUUGAGUCCAUUCAUAGUGUGUGGAUGGUAUUGUGUUGGGGUAGACGGUGAAGUUAUACCAGUUGAUUUUGUGCAAUAUGGUCAACCCUGUAUCUGCAGAUAGGAAAAGUUGGAUGAGGUGGCCAAAGGGAGGUGUGAUGUACAUUUCAUCCCAAUCGUGAAAGAAUAGAACAGCUAGUUACAACAUCUAUUUUACAUUGCACUUCAGUUUAUCUAUGCUUUCAACAUUUUGUUUUCCUAUAGUUUUCUCCACAUGUUAAUAAUGCUAUGGCAUGGAAGUUCUCAGGCUCAAUAAUUGAUAAUCAAGAAUGAAUAAUGACUAAGCUUAUUUAUUCUUGCUCAAAUAAAUGGUUGUCAAUUUCAAGCUCCUGAGGGUGGUUUGAAAGCCUUUAUUUCAAAUGCCGUGGAAAAGACAUGUCUGCUUUCCUUGUAAUUGAAUUGCAUUUGACCGCAGCGGUAUGGUACAAAGCUUUCAAGUGUGGUUCUGAAUCAAAGUAUUAGAGUAUGGUAUUGUAUUUUGUCUCUUCUUCAUCAAUAUUUAAUCUAGGUGUCAUUCAGUUGAGAAAUAAACUGUACAUAUCAUUAGAUUUGAUGUGAAGAAGGAUAAAAAUGAUGAAGUUUAGACAUGUUUUUUCUCGGUCCAUUGUACAUACACAUGUAUAUAGGAGAAUCUUUAUGAAUAUAUUUCUCUUCCAAUCUUUGUCUGUAUUGGUGUUGCUUGUAACUUCUUACCCUCACAGUUCUUGGAUAUGUAUUGGGUCACAUGUGGAUUGUGGAUUUGCCUGACUUGCAAGCUGCGUAAUCAUUUCCACUUCUAACAGUUCUACGUGCCACGGGCUGAGCUGUCGUCAGUGGACUGAUUUGAUCAUAACAAUCAAACUUACCGUUACCUUCAGGUGGAAUCUCAAGGAAAUGUACAUGGCUGUGGAUUUCUUGGAUUCCAGAGCACAUCAACCAACUUGUGAACAGGCUGUUAGCAGUUGCCUAUGAUGCCAAGCGCAGUGCAUUCAUUGAUCGUCCACCAGAGUGCGAACUUGUGGUAAUGUUGAUUGUUAUGAUCAAUUCUGUCCACUGAAGUAGAAUAAGAUGGAGUAGGUGAGCUUGUCUGGCACUUUCAUCACUUGGCUAGUCUUACCUUUAAACGUUUUUAUAUUUUGUGAAAUUAGGCUUAAUAGGGCUUUAUGUAAGUGAUAUUGAGGACGAGGGCUAGAGACAUACCAAAAACACAAAUCUAAUGUGAAUGGAUCUGAUAGGAAAUGUGAAAUCUUGCUAUCCUUUUGAGACAGGGUUGCUCGAUUGUGUGUGUUGGUGUCUCACUUCAUGUACAAGCUGUAGAUAGGCUUUCACUUCAAAACUAUAGCCCACCUGUAACAUUUGUAAAAAAAAACAGAAAAAAAGACCUGACACUUGUUGUGUGGGAAAGACUCGUAUUAUUUGAGUAUUUGCCUGGUUUUGUUGUUGUUCCCUGUUGCAUUUCCCUGUAGCUAAAACAGAACCAUAAGCAGGGGGGGCUAUGCUUACGAUGGGUUAACAUUGUGAGAUUUGACCAGAAGGAAAUUGCACAAAGAGAGUAAGCUUUAAGCUCAUUGUAUGGUGAACGUAUGCGUGAUGUUUCUGGCUGAUGCCGUCUUAUAUUUUGUUGUUUGGGUUUGUCAUAUAAAUUUCCGCAUUUGGUUUGGUUUUUAUAGCCCUUUCCAUUUCCUUACAUGGUACAUACGGAAUAAUGUAAGGUUACAUGUAGAGGUAUAGCAAUAUAGCACUCGCUUAUAAGCCACAGGGUUACCCCUAGCCUAAGUGAGAUGUGCAAUGUAAGGAAACAUAAUAGGUGUCACAGUUCAAAAUAAAGUGAGUUGAUUCCAAGGAUCUAGUUGAGAGUGAAGCAAAGGAACUCAUUAACUGGGUGAAGUUUAAGUGAUUGAUAAGAUGUUAAACCCACUUUAGCUUUCCAGCCUAGUGAUUGAUAUAUCCUCUGAUAUUUGUCCUUGAAUUUGGAGAUGUACAGAUUUGAAUAAAGCUCGUAAAAAGAUCUGA